CACCCACUCCCUCUUCUGCUGGAGCCGCAUUCUUUCUUUCUCGCAGCUUUUACAGACCUGCUUCCGCGCGGCACUGCGUCUGACCCGCGUCAGUCAAUGUUACUGCGAAAUGGACCUCCGAUCGGAGCUUCUGAAAUCCAUCUGGUAUGCAUUUACCUCGCUGGAUGCGGAGCAUAGCGGCAAAGUGUCCAAGUCACAAUUAAAGGUGCUUUCUCACAACCUUUACACGGCCUUGAAUAUCCCACAUGAUCCUGUGGCGCUGGAGGAGCACUUUCGUGAUGAUGACGAGGGGCCGGUCUCCAACCACGGCUACAUGCCCUACCUCAACAACUACAUCCUGGCCAAGGCAAAAGAGGGAACCUUUGACAAGGAGAUGUUAGAUGACCUGUGCUGGAUGAUGACGGUGAAGAAGAACCAUGAGCCGGGGCUGAAGGACACUGUGUGCUCACGGAAGGAUAGCUUCAAGCUCUUCUGUCUCUUCAACCUGCUGUCAGAAGAUCGCUACCCCCUGAUCAUGAUCCCGGCUGAGGUGGAGUACCUGAUAAAGAAGAUCUCCACAGCCAUGAACCAAGACUGGGAUGGCAGACUGCUGGAGGAUCUUCUAUCCCAUGAUCCUUCCCUGCAGGAAGGCAUGUCUGUCUGGCAGUUCUUGGAGCACAUUCGUUCUGGGCGGCUCUUGCGGAUCACAAGCGUGGACACCUUCAGCCUGACUUUGGACGAUGUCUUUCAGGAGAUGUACCACAACGUGCUUAAGAAGGGAUACAUGUGGAAGAAGGGGCAUAUGCGGCGGAACUGGACAGAGCGCUGGUUCGUCCUGAAGUCCUCCAACAUCUCUUACUAUGUCAGUGAGGACCUUAAGGAGAAGAAGGGAGAAAUACCUCUGGACAAGGACUGCGUGGUGGAGAGCCUACCUGACAAGGAGGGCAGGCGCUGUCUGUUGUGUGUUAAGACACCCACCCGGGCCUACGAGAUCAGCGCCUCAGACCAGAAACAGCGCGUUGAGUGGAUCCAAGCCAUACAGACGGCACUGCGCCUCUUAGGGGAGGGGAAGUCCUCCCUGCACCAGGAGAUGAAGCUGAAGCGGCGGGAGCAAAGGGGGGGCAGCCGGCGCAGCCGAGGGGAGGUGCAAAUUACCCAGGAGCUACAGGAGGAGAGAGAGCGCCAGGAACAACAGAUCGAGAACAUCAUCCAGCACCAGAGAGAGGUGGAGGCUAAGCGCCGGGAGCAGGAGGAGCAGGAGAGGGAGCGUCAAAGGGAGGUGCAGAGGGAGCUGGAGAGACAGCUGCAGGAGGCUGAGAAGGUGAGGCAUUGCGUCUGCGCUGACAUCAGGGCCAUGAAUCUGACUGCUGACGUAUGCCAGGCCAGGGACACCAUGGUGGAGGAGCUGACCUUGAAGGAGAAGGAGGCAGAGCAGCAGCGCAGGAGGAUUCGGGAGCUGGAGAUGACACAGGAGAAGCUGGAAGUGGCACUGAACACUGAGAUCCAGGCCCGCCUGGAAGAGGAGCGAGCGCGCCUGGAACAGGAACGGCUACUGCAGGAGGAGGAGGAGAAGCUGAAACAGCUGCAAAAGCUCCAAGAAGAGCAGGUAGCCCUGCAGCAGAAGAGCCAGCUGGAGAUAACCACCCCAGCAAAGCCAUCCGCCAUCGACGCCGCUUCCCAGGAGCUGCAGACCCUGAGGGAGACACGAGAGAGGAGCCACCAGCACCUGGAGGAGGCCCAGAAGAAGCUGGAGAAAGCGAGCUGUCGCGUAAAACACUGGAACGUGCAGCUGAACAGGCUGCUGGGGCCCAUUUCCCCUGGAGAACGGUUUGAGACACAUAAGAACAUAAAGAAGAACCAUGCCAAGCCAGAGUUUGCCUUUGCCAGCCAAGAGUUUAUUUCCAAAUUCCAGCCUGACACCAAUCAGCAAUCACCCAAGUUUGACAGCCAAUCAUCGGAGGAGGAGGAGGAGGAGGAUCUUCCUGGGCACAUGGAUGAUUUCAGCCUAUCAGACAAAGAUAAAAUGCAGACACAGGAAAAUAGGAAAAGCUGUUAGGUCCCUGUUGGGACACUUUCGCACCCCAGUCUUGAUAAAUAACAUAGUCUUAAGUUUUUUAUAGUUCAUCAGUAAAAAUCACUAACCAGUGAUAGUAAGAGAGUUCAUGUGGAUUGUUUGUAUAUAUUGUGCCUGGAUCUUGGUUAUGGUUAGUUUGUAAAAAUGCUUGUGGUUAAAAUUUUCGGGCCAUAGUGUCAUCUGGUGAUGCUCUGAAAACAAAGCUACCAAAUCAGUGGGGGGGGGGGGGGUUGCCCAUAAUGUACCUCUCCUUUUCAGAUGUGAUGAAUAAGGUUGAAUUUCGUCUUUGGAAGAGACCAUGAAGGCUUAUUGGACAGGAGAUGAGCUUCACAGCUGUGACUUAGUCUGCUCACUAUUCCAUGCCUUUUCACAAACCGUUGCCCUAAAAAACUUUUACAAGAUCUGCUAUAAUAGACAAGCUGGUUACAGAACAAACAUGAACAAGCAGAUAUUUUUAAUUUUUAAUGGUGCGAUAAUGAGCCGAUCUAGAGUAGACACAACCUGUGGUUUUAGGAACAACUACACUCAGCGUCUUAAUUCCUGUAAUCAGUGUGUAAUGAAUCUCAUUUUAAUAUGCAGUUGUUGUAAAUGUGAAUGUAACCUCCACUAAUUCCAUGGUGUUCAUAGUCUUUCUUAGACUGUUAUUUUCUGUGUACAGUAUUUGUGUACUGAUUAUAUGACUCUAAUAAAUGGGUUAUUUACAGUCUAA